UUGUUAGUGUUUUGGUAGAAUUGAGAACUAGUAAGUUCAGAACAAACGACAUUUUGACUAUCUCGAUCAUUUUAACGACUGUUCGAUAGGUUCGUGCAGGUAGUUAAACGAAAGAGUCAACACGAAGUCAAGUCCGCAGGAAGGACGGUCUCUAGUCGUUAACGAAACCUUGCUUCGCGUCGACCCGGUGAGAAAGCUCUUCUCUGUUUGAAAAUAACUGUGCCAAAUCGGGUAUUGGUCAGAUGAGUAGCGGCACGUUUUACACGUAGAAGUGAAUAACGAAAAUGGUAGCGGCGAUAAACGAGGGUUUCGCCAGUGCUCCGGAAGUGAUAACAGUGCAGGAGAAUGAUUUUCGAAUGUCGGCUAUUCUCGAGAGUGAAAAAACGCUCGGCGAAGACGGUGAGAAAACCGAGUCCGAGGCCGAGAUUAAAGUUUACAAACGCCGUUGGCUUCAGCUCGGCCUUUUUUUCAUCUACGGUGCAUCUAACAACAUGCAUUGGAUACAGUUCACCAUCGUUGGAAAUAUAAUUUCCAAGUACUACGGCGUUUCACCAUUGGCCGUAGAUUGGACCUCGACGAUCUUCCACGUGAUGUACGUAGCCUUGAUGCUCCCAGCUUCCUAUGUGAUGGACCGCGUCGGUCUCCGAUGGGCCUGUCUGAUCGGUUCUCUGGGUAUCUCGAUCGGUUCAUGGAUAAAAUUUUUCUCCGCAUCGCCGGACCGUUUCGUCGUCGCCUUUGUCGGUCAAACGAUCGUCGCAUCUGCUCAGGUCUUCGUCUCGACCGGCCCGGUAAGAUUGUCGGCCCUCUGGUUUGGCUCUAACCAAGUGGCCACGGCAACAUCGAUCGGCUGCUUCGGCCCGUUGAUGGGCAUCAGCACGCUCUUCCUGAUCACACCGAUGAUAGUGAGGGACCACGAGAACAUCGAGGACAUCGGGAACGACCUGACUCUGCUCUUCCUGGGAAUGGCGAUACUCUCGACGAUUGUAACGGUCGCGUUGUUCUUCUUUUUUCGUGAUGAACCACGCUUGCCGCCGAGUGAGGCAAGAGCCCUUCAGAAGGCCAACAGCGAAGCCGAGGCCGGACAAUUCUGGCCAACGUUGAAGAGAAUUCUCAGCAACAAGAGUUUUCUCAUGCUGUGGAAUUCGUACGGCAUCAGCGGCGGGGUUCUGGACAUGAUAUCUGCCCUGGUCAAUCCAUUUUUGCUAUUUCACUUCAAGAACGGGGAAGAAGACGCAGGUAGGCUCGGUCUGCUAAUGUGGUUCACGGGAAGUUUCGCCUCGAUAAUCUUUGGUAUGAUAUUGGACAAGACGAAAAAGUUCAAAGCUCUCAACAUUUUCAUCUACGCUUUUACUCUCGUCGGGGAAAUCCUAUUCGCCGUUGGACUGUUGAUGGAAAUAAGAUGGGUGGUUUACCUCGCUAUUAUAGUAUUGGGGGUAUUCGGCGUCACCUAUGGAAGCAUCGGGUUUGAACUGGCUGCCGAGAGUACUUAUCCAGAACCGGAGAAUGUGACAUCUGGACUGCUCAGAGUGGCGAACCAGUUAUACGGUGCGAUAAUGGUCGUGAUUGCCGGUGCAUUACUGAGGACUUACGGGGAUGUCGUAGCGCACGGUUGCCUUAUCAUUGUUGUUGGCGUAGGCUUAGCGCUGGUCGUAUUCGUUAAGACCGAUCUUAAACGGCUAAACGCCAAGGAGCACUGCGACCCUAAACGGAAUCGCGUCGCGGAAUCGCAAGUCGUCGAACCCGAGACUAUCCAGACAAAACUGUGAGACGCGGAGCGAGUGUGCUGGUUAAAUUUUCUGCCAGUUUUCUGUUUUUCGUACAAAAAAAAAAAAAAAAAAAAAAACAUACAUCCCGACGGAUACGUGCUCGAUUGUCGUAUUAUUGUACCAUGACGCUCCUACCC